AAUUAUUUACCAGAUUUAUUUGAUAUGGAGAUUUCUUUUGAACUACCUAUGCAAAUUAUUGAAAAUAUGGAUAUAAUUGACGAUUAUAAUGAAUAUAUACUUCCAAAAUCAACAAAUAAAAGAAAAAGAAAGAAACGUAUUUUAAAAGAGUGGUAUCAAUCACUAUACAGCAUUUGUGUAGAUAAUCCUGUAGGAUCAACAAACACAUUUCGUAAUUAUCUUCACGAAUUCAUCUAUGAAAAACUACCGAAUUCUGAAUAUGCAAACAAAAAAAGUAGAUUGCGAUACUAA